GUUGUCAGCGAUGCUAUGCUGCCUCUGCUCAGCCUAACGUAUGCCUGUGUGUCCCUGCAGUGCCAGGAGGUGGUGCAGAGCUCUCUGAGCGUCGCCAGGACUCUGGCUGACGACGUUGACUCUCACAUUUUCCCCUUCAACAACUUUGGAAAGGGUCUGAUUAAGAAGUGCCGCACCAGCCCUGAUGCCUUUAUCCAGAUCGCUCUACAGCUGGCUCAUUUCAGGGACAAGAAGAAGUUCUGCCUGACAUACGAAGCCUCCAUGACCCGUUUGUUCCGUGAGGGCCGAACUGAAACUGUGCGCUCCUGCACCAUGGAGACUUGUGCCUUUGUUCGUGCCAUGAUCAGAGAUGAGACGAGAGAAGAGCGUAUGAAUUUGCUCAAACUGGCAGCGGAAAAGCACCAGAACCUGUACCGCCUGGCAAUGACAGGGGGGGGAAUCGAUCGCCACUUGUUCUGUCUCUAUGUGGUGUCUAAGUACCUGGGAGAAGAGUCAGCCUUCCUCAAGGAGGUCCUGUCUGAUCCGUGGAGGCUGUCCACCAGUCAGACGCCUCUGCAGCAGAUGGAGCUGUUCGACCUGGUCAAAUACCCCGAGUAUGUGUCCUCCGGAGGGGGGUUCGGUCCGGUGGCUGAUGAUGGUUACGGUGUGUCCUAUAUCAUCGUUGGUGAGAACCUCAUCAACUUCCACAUCUCCAGCAAACACUCAAGCCCAGAAACAGACUCCCACCGUUUCGGCGGCAACAUCAAACAGGCCAUGCUCGACCUUCUGGAUCUCUUCCAGCUCGACAAGAAAACCAAGUGAUUGUCCUCUCCAUUGGUGGAAGUAACAUUGUGUUUAGCAACAAAUGUUUUCCUCACGAAGAUUGUAUAUAAUAAAAUAUUGGAUUUUGGGUUAUUUUUAAGUUAAUUGAUGUUACAGAAAUAAGGAUGAUUGAGAAGUGUUUGUCGAUAUGGCGUUUAUGUGUACUGUAUGUAUAGGGAAGCUGAGAUUGUGGUGAUAUGGGUACAGAUAGUGCACAGAUCAAAGUUUUUAUUCACAGGACUGUUCGCACGGGUGCCUUAGAGACUCACUAAUGUAAAAAGGGCAGAAAGGGAGGGGGAAAUUUGAGCUCUAGUCUGAUUACCGCACUAAGAGAAAUUUGAGUUAAAUAAUUGUUCAGUGGCAUCAUCCAACGUUUAAACCUUGUUUUAAGUUCAGAGAUGGUGCAAUAGUCUUUGUUCCAAUUUUGAAAAUCUGUGAAUUAUUUUAGUUUUUUAGGCUUCAUCUGGUCACUCCAAUUGCAGCCCGAGUCAUGUGUAAACUGGCCAAACUUGAUUUUUAAAUAUCACCAACAAAUUGCAUGUUGCAUGGUGUCCAUUAAUUUCAUGUACCACAGAUUAGAAUGUCUGAUUUGCUAGGCCGACAACAAUGUAUCCAGUAAUCGAAUAUAUACGGAGGCUAGAAGGAGUUAAACAGUUGAUCUAUGGUUAGCUUUCAUGGGGAAAGUGACCUUCUGAUCAAUGGAUCAACGUUGCCUUUCUGACUCAAGUACACAAUGUGUUUGUCCUUUUCAGCAGCUAUGAUUUUAUUAUGUAGCGCGAAGGCAGGUCAUAUUUGUGUGCGCGUGUUUUGUCGUUUUCAUUCUCAGGUUUUUCUAACUUGUCCUGGUAUUCUAGGGUGCUGGCUAUAUCAUUAGAUGACUAUUUUAUUGUGUUCAUGUGCAACAGUAGAAGAAAUUGAAAUUCAGUAAAAUUGUCAUGUGAACAGAGGAGCUGGUGUGUCUUAACAUGAAGUUUGCCGUGAAAGUUAAGGUUGUGCAGGAGGGGCUGCUGGCAGGGGGAAGACUGACUAACACUAUGUGUGGCCGACAUUUAUAUUUCCUGUUGCUUGUGUUAAAAAAAAAAAGAGCGGGUUAAACUGUAUGUUUCACUCUGUUAUGCACUUCAUGACCGGUCCUUCUAUUAUCAGUGAAAAAAGUUGUCAGUCACAGCAAAGUGGUAUUUCAACCAUCAAUAUGAGGCUCAGAUUUGCCUAAUAGGAUGCGUCUCCUGUGCAGUAGAACACCUUUUUUAGUAAUGCUUAGAAAAUGCCGAUGUCAAUGGGAUGUCACAUCGAAAUGCUUUUGUGUUAUGUAUAUGUUGUCAGUUUGUCACAUUAUUUAUUUUUCCCCCUGUUUUAACCCCUUUAUUCACAGUACAAACAUGCAUAUUUGCCAGCUAUAUGUGGCAAACGGUGAGCACUAAGUUAAAGCUUUGCUGAUUUAGAAAGUGAAACAGACCAACUGCUUCACAUGACUCUUUGCCAGUAUGUUUUAGUUGUAUGACUUUUUAUCUCGGUAGACCUCAUGUUUACACUGCUGCAUGGUUUUUGAAGAAGAAGCUGUAUCUGUUUGCCUUUUAUUGAAAUAUGGAGGUAGAAAAAACAAGCAGCUGAUAUACCAAAACAAGUUUUAACAAUAAAGUGAAUGUCAGACAGCUGCAUCA